AUGUCUCUCGAGGGCCUAUAUCGAAGUCUGCUGUUUGAAAUAUGCAGGCAAAUCCCUAGUUUCAUUCCCCGUCUCUUCCCUGAGCUCUGGAAUAGUUCAAACUUCGGGUUAGGCCCGAUUCGUUUUGAUGAAGUUAGGGACGCAUUCAAUCGCCUAAUCCAAGAAGCAAGCUCUUCCAAAAGCUAUUUCUGUUUCUUCAUUGAUGGCCUGGAUGAGUUUGAGGGUGACGAGGUCGACCACUGGCGGUUUUCUAAGGAUCUUCAGUCCUGGACAGCACAAGCGGAGAAUAUCAAGCUUUGUGUCAGCAGUCGCCCUCAUAUUCCCUUUGUUCAGUCAUUCGCGAAUGACUUGAAUCAUCAAAUUAAUAUCCAUGAUCUCACCCGAGAGGAUAUUUCCAAGUUCAGUGUGGCCAUGUUUGAGAAGGACCCUAACUUCCAUCGUAUCAAGGACUUAUAUGAAGGCUUGGUCAUCGAGAUUGUGAACGCCUCCGACGGGGUAUUUCUCUGGGCACGGCUGGUUGUGCGCUCCCUUUUGAAGAGUAUAGGAUAUCAGGGCAGUGAGAAAGACUUGAAAAGGAAGCUUCACUUGAUGCCGAAGGGGCUGGAUGAGCUGUUCAAUCAGAUCCUUAGCUCCAUCGAUCCGGACGACCAGCUGCUCUCGGACCACUUAUUCCUCUUGACGACUCCCAAUUUCUGCCGGUGGCAGCCAACAGUCCGAAAUGCGAUCGCAUACUCAUGGCUCGAGGACCUCGACAAUCCGAGCUUCCCUUAUGAACUACCAAUGCGACCAUGCACAGAGAAUGAGAUCAAUGAGCGACUUGAGCGUGUCUCGUGUAAGUUGGAUCGCCUUUCCCGAGGCCUACUAGAGAUGUCCCGAAAGCGGAGUCGUGAAAGAGACGGACAUGAUUAUUUCACCUAUGAAGUGCGGUUUCUCCACCGCAGUGCCCGCGACUACAUUGUGAAUACCAGGGAAGCGCAAAUGCGAGCCCGUAUACCUGACUUUGAUGUCUACUCCGGGAUAUUGCGAUUAUUACUUGCAGAAUUCAAAUUUGCACUAUCCACACUGCAUGAUACAAAACCAAGGGUAUGGGCCAUUGGAGGAGAAGGCGGUCCUCUGAGAAGGGCUCUCCAUGUGCUUUUCACCGUGAUGUGUGCUGCCCAUGAAGUUUGCGGAUACGACGUGCCGUCGCGUUUCUUCGAGGAGGCCAGCCGUAUUGUUCAGCAUCACACCCAAACGGUAGGGUCGAUAACAGAAGUUCUCCCCGGAAAUGAGAUGCCAGAGCCCAAAGGUUACAUCUGGGGGGAGAAUUUGCAACGCAUCGGUCGGGAAUGGCUCACACGACGAGAGUCGAAUCAUUCUCCCGAUUUUCUAUGCGAGGUUGUGCAGCGCGAUCUACACCACUUUCUCUCGCCUGAUCUGAUGAUCCGUCUGAAACAGCAGAACUCGACCUCGGGUCCAAAUCUACUCCUUACCGCUGCUACUCGGUCUAAAAACUUGGAAUUUGUACAGAGUCUCCUACGUGAAGGACGAACCCCCCGGAGAGAUUCCACAACAAUUCCAGCCCCACAAGCUACCGCUUCUGUGUGGUUGAUCUGGCUAUAUUGCUUCGUCGAGCAUUACUUCUUGGCUGGUUGUAGUUAUGAGCCGGAAAAUCGAUGUCUUGAGGAGUUCUUGCAGUACGAUGUUGACCGUGAUGUGCUAUUUGUCGUGAGAAUAUUUGACUCGUCCGCCAAGCCAAACGAACCGACGGAUAACGACCAGACCUCUGAUGAAAGCAGCGGCGAAUCGGACGAAAGGGUGGCAUUUGAGUUGUUGGAAUUCCUGGAGUUAGUGGAACCAUCUAACAUGGAGACUCUUCGAACGAAACUUUCAAGCAAGGGAACCCGAGAACUCCGACCAGAAGUGGCGCCCAUUUACGGGCCUCCGAUUCCCCAUAAGCGAGGCUCUCUGUCCGAGGCCCUUGAAGCAAUUGUGGCCUCGGACAAGAUCAGUCGGCAUUUUUCAUUUGGACCGUGUCUCUGCCUCGAAAGUGUCAUCACCGCCUCCGAGCGGUUGGACGUGCCCUUCGGUUUCCGGGUCACCUAG